UUUGGGCACCGCCGCUGCCCGUCGCUGGCGUCCUCAACAUGGCGGCCCCGCAAGAUGUCCACGUCCGUAUCUGUAACCAAGAGAUUGUCAAAUUCGACCUGGAGGUGAAGGCGCUUAUCCAGGAUAUUCGAGAUUGUUCAGGACCAUUAAGUGCACUUACUGAACUAAAUACUAAAGUAAAAGAGAAGUUUCAGCAAUUGCGGCACAGAAUACAGGAGCUUGAGCAGUCAGCUAAAGAGCAAGACAAAGAGUCAGAGAAACAAGUUCUGCUCCAGGAAGUGGAGAAUCACAAAAAGCAGAUGCUCAGCAAUCAGACCUCAUGGAGGAAGGCUAAUCUCACUUGCAAAAUCGCUAUCGACAAUCUAGAGAAAGCACAACUUCUCCAGGGAGGAGACCUCUUAAGGCAAAGGAAAACCACCAAAGAGAGCCUGGCCCAGACGUCCAGUGCCAUCACGGAGAGCCUCAUGGGGAUCAGCAGGAUGAUGUCCCAGCAGGUCCAGCAGAGCGAGGAAGCCAUGCAGACGCUAGCCAAUUCUUCCCGGACUAUCCUGGAUGCAAAUGAAGAGUUUAAGUCCAUGUCAGGGACCAUCCAGUUGGGACGGAAACUUAUCACAAAAUAUAAUCGCCGAGAGCUGACGGACAAGCUUCUCAUUUUCCUUGCCCUGGCCCUCUUCCUUGCUACGGUCCUUUAUAUUGUAAAAAAGCGGCUCUUUCCAUUUUUGUGAGAUCUGGAAUUACCACCUUUUGCCCAUUAAGCUCCAGUGUCAGGAUCUGUCCAUGCUUCUGAGCUCAGCCCAGGCUGCCAAACCAGUGCACACCUCGUACACCUCUGCGGCCUGCUCAAAGUGCUCAUCAGGUGGUUUGCGGACCCAGCCCCCCAGCUUUCUGCAGCAGCCGGCUGGCCUGUGGAAGGUGAGUAGAGCAAGAGGAAGCCUGUUACCAGGAUACCUGCAGGACACAGGGACUCCAGGAGCCAUCACCCGGUGUGUGUGGCUGUCCCAUGGGGCAUGCAGAGGCCAGCCUUCAGGAUUGGAUCCUCCUCACUCUACUUCUCCUGCUAUAGCCUUAAUGCCAGAUCUGGAAGGAAGAGAGAAUUGGGGAGAAGAAGGAUAAGGAAAACUCAUGUCCAUUCCUUGAAUAAACUUGACUAUAUUUAAUAGAAUGAAA